UCUGAGAUGCCGCUAGCAUAAUUAAUUUUUCUUCCUUUAUCAAAUACAGAUCGCUUUAAUAUAAUCGAAUCCUUCACCCUCGACCCACUUUCUCCGGAAAUUAUCCGCAUCAACGCCACUUUACAGCUACGCUAUGGCUAUACUUCUAGAUCGUCUAAGGAUGCAUGCUAAUUGCGACACAAUCGCUAUGUGCAGUGAUUGUAAACGGUUUCUAGUUGGCACGUACGAACUUCAGGAUAGGGCCGAGCAAAUCAGGUUAGGCUCGCUUUCGCUGUUUACCUCAAACGGUAAUAAGUUCCAGUUGGUAACGACCUGUGAGGCUCCUGCUGGCGUUCUCGACGUUAAGUUUAGAAAAGACCAGCCAGUAACGAUAGAUGAUGGAAACGAAUGUUUCGCUGCAGCUUUAGCCGACGGAACCAUUCGACUGGGAUAUGUUACUCAUGAUAAUCAAGUAAAAAUACAAGAUAAAGCUACAUUAGGAUUACAGCAGUCGAAUAAUAAAAGCUUAGCCCUUUCGGUGUCAUGGAGCCCAGUUAGUUUAAGCAACCUUGAGCCUAAUAUCGCAGCGACUUUUAGCUCCGGUAUACUUCAUGAGUACAAGCUGACUAAUGUAGCGAGUUCGCUUGUCUUUAUUAAAGAACACGCUGUGAGCCAAUUAGAAAUCUGGGCUGUUUUGCACAAUGGACAGGUCAUUUAUACAGGCGGAGACGACUCUAAACUUAGGCAAACAACGACUUCAGACGGUGGUUCGCGAGUGAUUCGACGUUUUGAAAGCGGCGUUACGACGAUUGAAGCUGAUCCGUGGAAUGAAGGGCAUCUUCUAGUAGGAACGUACGAGGAUAAACUCUAUCAGUUCGAUCUACGGAUGAUUCAAAAUUCAAUACAAGAAGUCCAUACUGGGGGUGGGGUCUGGCGUAUAAAAACUAACCCGACUCAGUCCCGGCUUCUAGCUGUGGCAGCAAUGCACGCCGGAGCUUUCGUCGUAGACUGUCACAAAGAGACCUGGUCAAUUAAGCAGCAUUUUACUGGACAUGAAUCAAUGUGCUACGGAAUAGAUUGGUGGGAUGGAAGAACCGUUUUGUCAUGUUCAUUCUACGACCGCGAAUUGGCUAUGUGGAAAUUAGAGGAACAAUAACAAAGCUUUUUGUCUUUUGGUGAAGUUUAGCCUUAACAUGACUGACUUUACCAUUAAAGCAAACUUUUAUAGCCUUAACAUGACUGACUUUACCAUUAAAGCAAACUUUUAUAGUUUUUUUUCUUAUCGAACCUUGCUAAUGCAAUCAAACUAGAUUGCAUUGGGUUAGAUAGAAUUGUUCCCAUAGUGUCAUAGAGUAAUCAUUCGAAGUUACGAAGUUAUGUUAAAAUUGAAAUAUCCAUAUGAGCUCCAAUAAUUUGAUUAAAUCAGAUAUAUAAUCAAGAACAGUUUUGCCAAUAUCGUCAAAACUAAACCGAACCACUUUUAUGUCGUAUGUGCCAUCUAAACAAUAGAUCCGAUUAUUCAUAAACUGUAACGUAGAUGAAGGAACUUUUGUGUAAGAAUAGUGUAUUUAUAUAUACAGAAUACUCACCCCAAGUGGGAACUUCUCUUUGAAUUGUUUUUAAAAUUGUGUCUAAACAAGGCUAAAUAUUUUAAGGAAAUAUUUUUGCAUGUGCUAGAAGUGUUAUUCCGGUUGGUCUUAUUCUAUAUAAUCACUAUUUACCACGAUUACAGUUUAGCCUAAACUACUCACUAGUCAUGUUUAAAAUGUUUACUCUUCAGUUCGCAAACAACAUUUAAAUAGGAACCGUACCUGAAGCGAUAUAGGUGCAUAUAAAGGGCGAAACGCAUAUUCACAGGUAGUGGGAGACUUGAGCGAUAGUAAUAGGUAUA